GUCAGACUGGAUAAUAUGUUAAAUUUCCUGUCAAAGUCAAACGAAAGAUGUCAAUUGUCAUUUUCAAUCCUGUUUUCAAUUGAAUUUACAUUGUGCGAGCUAAAAUUAUUGUUUUGUCAAUAAUAAUUAUUAUAAAUCUAGUGUAAAUAUAUCAACAAAAGGAUCAUCUCGAUCCCUCCUAGCAUAGAGCAUGUCGUCUUUUCAAGAUCGACAGAAAAGUUUAUUUAACCACCUGAAAGAUGCUGAGGAACAAUAUAGUUUUUCCAAGACAAAUAAUGCUGCAGAACAACCAGAUUAUGGCGUUAUUGACAAACGGACCUAUAAAAAAGUAAAGCGUGAAAUGAAACAGUUUCGUGGUAGAGAAAGUAUAUAUAAAAGGCCAGAUGCCAACCUUCGGCAGUGUUUAAGAGCGAGAUCAGCUCCAGACUAUUUGAAAAAUCCACAGAAGUGGCAAUACUAUUCGUUAUCAGAUGUUACCCCAGAGCAAUUGUCUGAUAAAACAAAUACAGAAACUGCUUUGGCCUUUAUGCGUGAAAUGGAAGGUAGAGAAGCUGAAGCUAUGCAAGAGCAGGAAACUGAAGUUAUCGAUGAGACAGGUGCUGUUUUUAAAAAACCAACCUUUAAUGUAUCGAAAACUAUAAAAAAGUUACCUGAAGAACAGAAAAAACCCAUAUUUGAGAGUAACAGAAUAAUUAUGCCAGAAUAUGUUGUAGGAAUGAGCAAGAAAAAGAUAAAUAAAAUACAGAUUAAGAAUAAAAACAUUAAAGAUAAUGGAGAAGUCAAAAAAGAAUUGAAACUUAAUCAUUUAUAUGAACUUGAUUGUGAUGAUGAUAAUGAUGACUGCACCUAAUUAAACUGUAUUUAAAAUAAUUUCCUUUUAUUGAAAAACUACCAAACCCAUCAGAAAUCGUGCCAGGUCCAAUAUGGGUAUUUUUUGAUUCCAUAUUACAUAAAAAAACAAAAACUGCAUAGGGACACUAAUCAGCUUGCAGUAUGAAAUAAACUUACCUGUUCUCAUACUAACCAAAUAUAAAAUGACAAAAUCAUUCAAUCAACAGUUGGUUGUUUGGAGAAGUGUGACAAGAUUUUUAUAAAAGUUUAAAUAUAAGAAAGUAUUAUUAUUACUAUUUAAGUUUUUUUAUAUAAGUUUGUAUUGUGUUCAUAAAGAAUGUGAGUACCACUUUGGCUCCAUUGUACAGUCUCUUAAAGGCAAGGGUUUCAUUUGAGUGGAGUAGAGAAUGUGAGAACGCCUUUGCGAUGGUUAAAAAACAGUUAGUUUCAAGUGAUGUAUUAGUACACUAUUUGAUCAACCUGCCUUUAAUCCUUACAACUGACGCAAGAAGUGUAGGAAUCAGGCACAGACAUCAACAUCACGAUAUAAAAAGUAAUAAACUUAUAUAAAAACUC